AUGCCCGCGAUCGUCCAAGCUAGUCUAUCCGGCGACAAGCAACCGAGAGUGGAGAACCAAGUUCAGGCAAGAGCCGAGCUGAUAGCUGAAAAGCAGCGACCCCAUGGGGCUGAAGCGUCCAGUUCCACGAUUGGCAAACUGGGAUGUGAUGUCCCAAGCCUGAGAAGAGACGUCGACGGGGUAGUGAACCAUAUCACUCACCGCGCGCAUGCAACUAUAUUCGAAUCCAAAGUCGGGCUACCAGCUUUCUACGCAGAAAGCAAACGCCAGACGCCGAUGAAGGGAUUUUCGACACGAACCGGCAUUCCUGCCCUCGCACCGGCCGCAAGCCGAGGGCGCUCUGUCUUCAGAAAGCAGCGCGGCACAGCACCAAGCAUGCCUCCAGAACGUAAAGCAGCAGUUGCAGGCAAGGUCGAUACAGGUCUCCAUUCUCCCACGACCGUAAAAGGAUGCGUAGGCCCGCAGCAAGUUCAUCGAAAAGCCAAUCGAUUUGUAGGAAAGAUCCGUCUCGAGGCUCAACGAUCUGCAGCACCGCUGACUGGUAAAGUUGAGCCUCGCCAGCCUGUUGCAAGCGGAAACGGGUCGCCUGCGCCCUACCAGGCCAAGAUGAUUCUCCAAGAUCUCAAUAGCGUUCUUCAGAAGCUAAGCGCUGUCAGCGUGUUCGACAACGGCAUCUACCCUCUAGAGAUUGGCCUGCCUCCCUGUUCUUAUCCUGGAUCUUCCUCUGAGCAAUGCCCCAUGAGUCUCGCGACCCUGCCUCUUCAACUAAAUUGGCGUUCACAGCUGCUACCACCACCUUGGGCGACCCGCCCUGAGAAGCUUGAACUGAAUGGUCCAAACGGGCCCGCUAGUUCCCCCAGAGGCGUCAACGGCAGUCCAGCACGCAAGCUUAGCCGCCUCCCCUCAACGAAGCACUGCCAACAUGCUGCAGUCCGUCGUAUCAGCGGUUUUCCAAGCGCUACGGCAGCCCCUACGGAGACCGCAAAGGUAUCAACCACUGCGACGAGAUCUCGUAUUCCAGGGAGACUCUCACGAGCUGUAGCGGAGGAGGGAACCCGCAGCCGCGAUCGGAUUCUGCGAGGGGGGGCGCCCCCAGCCGCGCCUCCUCACGCAGCAUGCGCGCACGUUCCGCCCGUGGAUGAGGUCGUUGAGCCGCAAAACCUGAUUGAAGCCGACACCGCCUUGAAUCUCCACUGCCCCGAUGACGACUGGGACAGCGUUGUCAAAAUGCACGCCUACUGGCCGUUCUCUCCUGAACCCUCUCUCCCUGCGUUCUCCGUUCUUUCUGAGCCCACGGUCGCCAUCCAGUCGUCUACGACGGAUCGCCCGUUAUACUUUUCUCACCUCCUACCUGGUCCUGUAGACCUGCCUCAUCGCAUAUCUCCCACGGCGGAGGCACCCCCAUGCGGCAGAGGAAAACCAGACGCAGCAGCGCUUGAUUCGGCCGGCGGGAACGAGGCCUCCCUCCGCAAGGGUAGACAGGCUCUCGCGUUGCCACCUCAGGGACAUUCGGUGAAUUCAGGAGGCCGGUGCCCAUGGCAUGGUUCGGGCAAGCGACAGGCGGAGGACGGAAAGAAAGCCGUUGGGGACCGAUUAGGGCCCUCAGCCUUGCCGAGGCGGACUCUGAGUCAGUCCUCAGGACAGACGCUCCAGCAGCGCGCCUACUCACACUUCAGUCAGUCGGGGUUGCCGCAGCCAGUCGCCAGGAUAGUUCGCACGUUCAGCGGCACGUUCUUGACCGCUGCGCCAUCGGGCGGGGCGGUUGGGCGGAGGGCCCGAAGUAACAGACGCACAGUGUCCGCGAGCUCACGCGGGUCUCUUCGCCACCCCGGGCGGGCCGCGUGGAGGACCGCCAGCGCAGAUGGCAAGCGGAUGGCAGGCUCUCAGCGGCCGGAGGGACUUUCGCCGGCUCCUGCCUCUGCGGCCGGCCGCCGCUGGGGAAGUGUUGAUGGCCGGAGGAGAGGAGGCCCUCACAAACGGUGCCGGCGCUGCGAGGCGUGCGACCCGACCGCAGUGUCAGGCUCUGUGGCCUUAUGGGACAGGCACGGGAAGCCGAGCACCGGCUCCCUAGCACGGACGGAAAACGAUCCCGCCGAAGCGAGCAACAGCAGACUUCAACCGAACGGUCCAGACAGCUCUCUGUUCGCCUUGAGACUGGCUGGAGGCUCGACUCUGAAGGGCGCAUCGCGUGGUGCAAGAAUUAUCCCAGAUCGGGUGGACGAAGAGCACCGGGAGGGAUCUCCAGCCCUAAAAGCCGCCGCAGUGCCACAGGGCACAGCUCCAACUGUGGAAUCCGCGCCAGAGCAAGGUGAACACCGCCCCGCGACCGCUGACCCCCGUGCGCUAAUCUCGGUCCCAACGCUAGACACCGUCAAAGAGGCGCUUGGCCUCUGGCUUCAGACGCAGCUCAUCCUCUCAGGAAGUGCGAAUGACGAUGAACGAACCUCAAGAAGCUCGAAGGGGACCUCCCACAGCGCCGAGUCUCCCGGCGAUGCAGUGAAUGGAAACGUAGGCCCAACACGGGCAAGCGAGGGGGCCGUCAGCCACGUCGAAAGCAACUCAGCACCAGGCGACUUGCCAAAUCAGCGCGGCGUAAGAGAUGUCGAGACAACGCCAGAGCAUCAAGUAGCGUCUGUUCCCCGCGCAGCUGCUGACGGCGGAGGCCCGACCCCUGCACAAGCUACAAUGAGAGACGACCUCCACUGGCACGACGCGGAAAAGUCCACCAAUGGAAUCCCUCCAUCUAGUUAUCUCCACGAAGUGACGAAACGCGGCGGGGGCGCUGUUGGUUCUCCAAGAGACAAGGAAAGUCCUGAUCGUGGCCAAGCGCAUGCACUGGCGGCGAGUGAUAUUGGAAGCAGAUCUCGAGCCACUCGUCAACAGGAAGCCUGGUUCACGAAUGUAGCAGACGCUGGACUCGAGACGUCCUGCCAGCGAGAAGGAGAGGAGCGAUUGACCUCUCACUGCCAACGCUCCCUGCGCCGGGCAGCUGAGCUCAACAGUGAAGAGCGCCCCUUAUCAAGCCCCGCAGCUUCUUCUCUGCUGCCUUGCGCGAUGGCAGACAACGCGCGUCGGGCCUCCGGCGGGCCGCUCAAAACUGCGUGUGUUGAGCGUUCCUGCAGCCCCGUGAACCGUCUGCCUCCAUUCCGAAAGGAACGUGCUGUCAGCCCUAUACUGUUCCACACGCCAAGCUGGCAGUCCACAGACCCUGCACGCAGUCCUUCAACGGCCGCGCGCGGAGUACUCGCGCAUCCUGAGGGGGGUGCAGGCCCCCAGAGACACGCGGGGCAGAGCGCGGCUCUUCCACAGCCUACACCAGUGGAUGCGCUCUCACCCAGACCUCUUGCGGCCGAAGCAGCUGCAGCGGAUGCUGCAAGGGGGAGCUCUCUCCUCCCCGCGCGUGAGCAGCUCGUCACGCGGAAGCGCGGUUCCUCACCGGUCCACCCCGACAGAAAAACUUGUUGCCUCGCGCAAAACGUUUCGCAAGAGCAGUGCGUGGCGCCUGACGCUCUGUGCGCCAGCGUCGACCUCCAACGCUUUAGGCGAACUUGCACGGGUAUCCAGGUCAUGGCAGGCCCCACCGCCUGGAGUGCAGCAUCGUCUCCUGAGAGCCGAGCGCAGGCAGUGGACCGCUCUGUGGGGCCCACGACCUCAGGUUCCCUCUUUUCGCCCUGCUCGAGCCGCGGCAGUGUGGGCGCGGAAGGCGCCUCAGCCUCUCCCGGUUGCAGCCCUCCCACCGGACGUGCAGCUGCGAGCCAGCAGGUGCGACACCUGCAGGAUGCGAACAGUCAUGCUGACCCCCUUCCCAUUUGGGGGCAGCAUUCGAGAAUCCAAGGCAGCUCGGAGUGCCGAGGCCUGUCCCCGGUGAUGCGCACCGACCGCGGCUCGAGCCCAAUAGGCCUGCCUAAUGUGGGGAAGACGCAUGGCGACCCCAGUUAUCGCCGAGUUCGCGAGAGAAUCAUCUGGUCACCUCAGUUGUGCCUGACAGAGCCUCAGUCUGUCGCAGAGAGUUCCACAGGCAGCGUGAGCUCUGGCGAAGUGCUAGAAGAUAGCACCAACGGUGUCUUGGCUUAUUUCUCACGCAGCCCACGUUCCCCUACCGGUUCACGAGGGAACCAAAGGCCUGGAAACGAGCCAGCUCGUGCUCCAUUCCUCCCCUGCUCACGGGCGUCACGGACAUACGGGGACAGUCAGCAGCCCGCUUUUGCAUAUCUACCGACAGCCGAGCUCCUGGGGGCUUCGCGCCGUGAGACGAGCCGAUAUGAGCCGACGGCUGAGCAAGAAAGGCACGGGCAGCUGGAAAUGAGUCCAGCGCCUCCUGUCCCAAGGCGCACGUUUGGCGCAUCAUUCAGCGGCCAAAGGCAGGUGCUUCUGCUUUUAUCCGACGGGCGCCUCGCCCCCGCGAGGGGCGCCGACGAUCUCCCGGGACUCCUUUCCCCUGGAGAGGUCGUCGACGAGGCAUGGCAACCACAUGCGGAAAGUCGACUGCUGGCAACGGGGGCAUCUGUCGAAGAUCUAAACUCGCUCUCCCCGGGAGAGAUAGUGGCUGCUUCACCGCCCGCGACUUCACGCAGCGACUGUAGGGAGGCUAUCGUCCCCUCUGCGUUCACGUCUCCGGAUCUUUCCGAAUUCGCAUCAAAUGACGAGAUCCAGUCAAGCCCAGAGCAGCCCCCCACCCCGGCGCCCCUGGCUGACUACCGAGGGAGGCUGCCCUGCCGCAUGUCACCUGCCGCGUCUCCCACCGAGUCAGACGCGGAGAAAGGCACAUGCGGCGUGCCUUCAUCUGUGUCUAUUUCUGCAAGCCGAUGUCCACGCUCCCCCGUACCAGCACGCGAAAUUGCACGACAGUCUCCCGUUGGCGUGAGAAGAGGCGCUGCACGCGCGUCCACUCCCGAAUCAACACAUGAGAGGAACUCAAAACAUGGGCACGCCACUCCUGCGAAGCGGGCAGAGGUAGGAGGACGCCUCGCCGGCGUCCCCCAGCCUCGGGAUGCAGGACUAGGCACGACCGGCGCAGCGGAUACAGGGGAGAGGGCACCCGUACUGCCGCGAACGCCGACUGAGUUCUGUUCGGAGGACGCCACGCAGACCAAAGAAGAGGGCCAAUAUGCACCCUCAGAGCCAGGCCUAAGCAGCGAGUACUCCGCUGCUGCCAGCCUCUGCUCGGCGCCCUCUCCCCCAAGACGCAGCAGCCCUCCUUUGCCCCCCCAUGCCGCCGACGAGGCGGCAGUGUCAUCCCCUCAUACCCCGUCGAGCGAAGCUGAAUUGCAGUUUUCUUGCCGUCCGCAGGCGUCUGGCCUCCGAAAGAUGAGACCUGGGCCGCCGCUUAGGCCACGCCCGGGCGCUGCCUUUGCGACGGAGAGUUCAGGGCUCUGUGCCGAUCCUCGGAUCGGGGCUUCGAUCUCGAGCUCAGCCGCUCCUGAAGCACUGUCGCCCAGCACCCCCACCCUGUCUCCACAAAAGCUGCCGUUUCCUUCGCUGCUCUCGCCAACCGCCGCAGAAGCAGACGCCUCUUGCCCUGGGGAGGAGUCGUCUGGGGACGCUGGUCGCCCACCUGAAAGUUUCGAAAUGACUUGUAGCUGUCCGGUGCCAGGCUGGUGCUAA